GCUUAUCGUACAAUUCUAUUCACCAGAAGCUGGUAGUCUGUCCGGGAAAUACCUCGUUUAUCCAUCGUCGCAUGCAAUCCAAUGCAUGAUCUUCGCGUUCUUUCGCUACCUUGCUCCCGGUUUCAAACAUUGUGGUUUUCCUGUUUUUAAUCUUUAACAAUUCUUGAUACGCUCUGUAGCCAAGUUUGGCGAAAAAGAAAAAAAAACAAACAAUGAUGUCACUACGACAAGGAGUUAAUUAUGAGACAUUUGUUAAUCGCUCCAUGAACUCAAAAUCCAGUUCAAUUAUUUUGAAAUGGAAUUUCUAGUUGCUGUUCGUUGAUGGGUAAAGUACAUGUCAUAAGGUAGCCGUAUUACAAUUACACUGGGGUGCGAUGAUUGAAUGAAGUGCACAGACCCAGAAACUUUGCGACGACUGGAGCAAGCUGGAGUUCUACCUAUCUUGUCGUGACACAGUUCCAUUCGCAAAUCACUAUAUCGCGUUUUGUUAAAUAGAGGUUAUCUAACGGGAUAAAGAUACUCGAUAUUCUCAAAAUCGCCGAGUUAUAUUUGUGCGGAGUGAGAAGAAGUGAAAAUCAAUCAUUUAGAAAGGUAUAUUUCUUCUUCAGUCACGAUCCAGUCGUCUCUUUCAGCCAUCUUCGUUUGAUCCUUUAUGACUUUAUCUGUUUUAUAUUUAGCUGAUCUACUGAAGCAUUACAAAGGGCUCAGAACAAUUCUGCAUUUCUGUGAAAUGCUUCUCUUUCGGGUUCGGCUCGAUUCGAUAAACCAAAGCGUCUAGCCAUUUAGGAGUUUAAAAUCCCGACAAAAUAAUGCAAAUUUCGAUUUGGAAUUCGUAUUAACCAUUGUUAAUAACCUUAGUAACAUCAUGCUCUGUUUACACAGCAUGCCAUAUCGUGACAUAUGUCUCUCAUGAGCCUCCCCAGCCCCCAAUACACCCGCUAAACGCCCUUAUAUUCUGUAUUUACUCAAAGCAACUUGCUUCACUGCACACGAAACCGACGAAAACAUAAACGUUGUUUUGGCUGAUGAGUAGCGCAAUUAUCAGCCAAGGGUCAGACAGUUGUAGCUCUCGUCGUCAAGCCGGCCGCAGUUGGUUUGUAAUUCAAAUGCAAUCUGAGGAAACGAGAGAAUGGCCGAUAGAACUGACGAGCCGCUAGAAGAUGCCAGAGCAAGCGCUAAGAACUUAGUUGUUGACAACGACAAGGAAGAAGCGGAACAGCUUACACCCGAGCAACGAAAGAAAGAGAAAAGAAAAAUCACCAAGAAUGUGUACGUGAUUAGCUUGGGUUUCCUGUUUCUCUUCACCGCCUUUCAAUCGCUUCAAAACUUACAGAGCAGUUUGAACAAAGAUGAGGGCCUGGGUCUAGCCUCGCUGAGUGUAAUUUAUGCAGCGCUGAUCCUGUCGUGUAUAUUCGUACCGCCCUUUGUGAUUGGUCGACUCGGAUGCAAGUGGACUUUGGUGUUAGCGAUGACUGGCUAUGUUUUAUACACCGUGGCUAAUUAUUACGCCAGGUGGGGAACUCUUAUCCCUGCGUCUAUCAUAAUCGGUAUUUGUGCGGCACCUCUCUGGUCGUCAAAAUGUGCCUACCUGACCACUACUGGAAUCCGUUACGCAGAGCUCAACCGUGAGACACAAGACGCUGUUGUGACUCGAUACUUCGGCAUAUUUUUCCUGAUCUUUCAGAGCGGCCAGAUCUGGGGGAAUCUUAUCUCGUCCCUUGUCCUUCAGCAGGGAGUGAACGACACCUUCCGUGAAAACGCCGACGAGGUGUGUGGAGCGCGGUUUUGUAGUAACCCUCCUAAAUUGACGAACGCCACGGACGAGUAUGACCGUAAACUGGUGAUCAGACUGCUGAGUAUUUACUUGGCCACAGGCGUGUUUGCAGUGCUUUUGAUAAUCGCGUUGCUUGACCGACUCACUGGGAGUCUGGACCGAAGAAAGGAGCAAGAGUCUGGAGCGAGCCUACUGAUCGCCACUGCAAAACACUUGACGGAUAUGCGCAUGCUUCUGGUGUUGCCGCUGACCAUGUUCAGUGGACUGGAACAGGCUUUUACGUUUGCCGACUUUACCGCGGCCUUCGUUACAUGUUCUCUCGGAAUCCAUCGUGUUGGAUUCGUGAUGAUCUGCUUUGGCGCUACCGACGCAUUCUUUUCUCUGACGCUUGGCCGCCUCACCAAGUACACUGGGAGAAUUCCUGUCUUCAUCAGUGGAGCGGUAAUUCAUAUCGCUGUCAUUACUGUCAUGUUAAUCUGGAGGCCUAACUACCACCUGGUCUGGGUGUUUUAUGUUAUUGCUGCGCUGUUGGGAUACUGUGAUGCAGUUUGGCAAACUCAGAUCAAUGCCAUGUACGGUGUGUUCUUUCACGAUAACCAAGAGGCCGCGUUCUCCAAUUACCGCCUGUGGGAAUCACUUGGCUUUGUGCUGGCCUUUGCGUACUCCAAAUAUCUGUGCAUCCACGUGAAGCUUAUCAUACUACUGGUGGUGUUAAUUGUCAGUUUGAUCGGGUAUUUCACCGCCGAGUAUGUCAACAAGUCGCGGAUCGACCAAGCGUAUUCUCUUGCAGACGGCAUGGCUCUGGAUGGUAGAAAAUCAGACCCGUCAGCUUGAUUUGGGGCGUGUGCUUAUGUAGCUUCAGAAAAGGAAGUAUCGAACUUCUCACGAGGCGCUAUAACGCUUUCAGUAUUAUAGUAAAUGGUUUAAACUCGGUCUUAGCGGGAGUUCGUACAGAGUGAUCAUCUGGGCGAGGGCCUGGGCCCAAAAGGAUGAUCACAUGUUCACAGUAAGCAGGCAGAUUAAUCCUGAUUAUUUUUUGUACAGAUUAUGAGAAGUUUAUUGUCCCUAUACGGAAUCCUAUACAAAAUACAAAAUAUAUAGAAUAUCUUUAAUGUUUCAUGUACUUUUUAUUUUUGGGUAAUUGCGUAAUUUGUAAUAAGCAUUAGAAUUAGCACGAUAAAUUGAACAAAGUGUCUAGUUUUGCUGGAUUUUUCAUGCAUGGUAUACAUAGGAGGCCUUACCAACGAGUCUAUAACUAUCUCGAACGUCCCAUGAUUAUGCUGUAUUAAUAAAUGAAGCAAAUGUUGAGGAAGGUGAUUUUUACACGCUUGAGGAAUAUAGCUGAGAUUACCGGA